CAGCUCAGCUCACACUGGGAGGAAAAGUUCUCUCCUGUCCUCUGCCUUCGGUUCCUGAGCCGAUUGUACUAAUUUAUGAAUGACUGAGGAAGGAUGCUCUGCAACUUGAGGAUACUUUUCUUAUCUGGACGCACUGUGGCUGUGUUGGAUGGCCGAGGGGGAACGUGAUGCUGUACCCUGCGCCUCUUGAGCAGGGAUGACCGAAGCCACCUGGUGCCCACCCUCAUCCUGCUCUUCGUCCUCUUUCUCCUCUGCCUCCGUGCUCAUACUUUUUCCCCUCGGACCCCUCUGGCAUGCGAGGGUCAAGUAAGCAGGAUUUUCCCAUCCAACCUCAAUCCUCUCUCCAACUGUGUUGUGAACCUGCUCCUCAGCGCCACACUUGACCCGAAGGCUUCCCAGGCAAAACAAAGGGAUUAACCAUGAACUUUGCUCUCACCAGAAGACACAGUGUGCCCUUAAACAGGAGACUGUGAGAUCUGAUGAAACUUAGCUGUGAGAGAUCUUUCUGAAAAUGACAUAUCCAAACACUCUUGUCAUGGUUGGAAUAUAUUAAACACAAGGAGACCAUGGAGGGAGACAGUGUCCUGAACUCCACUGUAAAUACCAGCACAAUGGAUGUCCACCUGGUCACCCACAGUCUGUGGGAGGUGAUCACCAUUGCGACUGUGUCGGCCAUAGUCAGCCUCAUCACCAUUGUGGGGAAUGUUCUGGUGAUGCUCUCCUUUAAGGUCAACAGCCAGCUGAAGACAGUGAAUAAUUACUACCUGCUGAGUCUGGCCGCUGCUGACCUCAUCAUAGGUGUUUUCUCCAUGAAUCUGUAUACCUCGUAUAUACUGAUGGGUUACUGGGCCUUAGGGAACCUCGCCUGUGACCUGUGGUUGGCGCUUGACUAUGUCGCCAGUAACGCCUCGGUCAUGAACCUGUUGGUGAUCAGUUUUGACAGAUAUUUUUCCAUCACCAGGCCCCUGACCUACAGGGCGAAGCGGACUCCCAAACGAGCUGGGAUCAUGAUAGGUUUGGCCUGGCUGGUGUCGCUUAUUCUGUGGGCCCCACCUAUUCUCUGCUGGCAAUACUUUGUAGGGAAAAGGACUGUCCCUGAGAGGCAAUGCCAGAUCCAGUUUUUCUCUGAGCCUGUGAUAACGUUUGGGACAGCCAUCGCUGCCUUUUAUAUCCCUGUAUCAGUCAUGACUAUCCUAUACUGUCGAAUCUACAAGGAGACAGAGAAGAGGACCAAAGAUCUGGCGGAGCUGCAGGGGAUUAACUAUCCCACUGACCCUGGGGUCGUCCAGCCUCAAAAGACCAUAAUCAGAUCCUGUUUUAGCUGUAAAUUAAGUAAGGCUUCACAUGACAGGAAUCAAGCCUCUUGGUCCUCCUCCAGCAGGAGCAAUGCGGCCAAAUCAGCAGCCACCACCAAUGACGAGUGGUCCAAAGCUGGUCAGCUGACCACCUUCAACAGUUAUGCCUCGUCCGAGGAUGAGGACAGGCCUGUGUCUCCAGGGGGCUUCCAGCCCUCCUUCAGGAACCAGGCUUGUGAGACCGUCAAGGGUGGAGUGGGCAGUGAGAGCGAGCAGCUCAGCAGCUAUGAAGAGGAUAGCUUCUUCCAGACGCCACCCAAGAGCAACUCUCAGAAGAGCAGCAAAUGUGUGUCCUACAAGUUCAAGCCUGUGGCCAAAGACGCUCACGUGGAGCAACACAGCAAAAACGGAGACACCAAAAUGGCGUCGCCGACCUUUUCCUCCGCCGAGUCCAUGAGCGUCCCGUCCACUUCCUCGACGUCCAAGCCCAUAGACGCCACGCUGAAGAGCCAGAUCACCAAGAGGAAGAGGAUGGUGCUGAUCAAGGAGAGGAAGGCAGCUCAGACUCUCAGCGCCAUCUUGCUGGCCUUCAUCCUAACAUGGACACCUUAUAACAUCAUGGUGCUUAUUUCCACCUUCUGCUCAGACUGCAUUCCCGUCUCACUUUGGCAUCUGGGCUACUGGCUGUGCUACGUCAACAGCACCGUCAACCCCAUGUGCUACGCCCUUUGUAACAAGACUUUCCAAAAGACCUUCCGUAUGCUCUUACUUUGCCAGUGGAAGAAGAAAAGGAUUGAGGAGAAGUUAUACUGGUAUGGACAAAACCCUGUGGUUAGCUCCAAACUGACAUAAACUGUUAUUGUUUUUUAUGAUGGUGUAUGGCUGUAAAUUAUAUGAUGUUAUUGAUUAUCUUUGCUUCAUGAACUUGAAUUCUACACAGUAGUAGAGGUAAGAAUAUUAUAUCCAGGAGCUGGUUCAAUUUAUAAUUUAAGUUGGUCAUUAAUCAUUAAGUCUGCCACAGUAUAUGUUAAUUACUGCUCCAACAUUGGAAAUGAA